UCAAUAAUUCACGAUAGCCAGGCGGUGAUUAUACUGGUCCCCGGUGUGAUCCCCAUUAGGGGUAUCUGUGCACAUACCAGCAAGGUGUACACCUGUCGUCAAUCAUUCCCGCGCCGAUUGAAAGUGAAAUUGACUACAGAUGGCAGCACUGUGCCUGGUGUACAGGAGGAGAUAACUUGUAAAGGGGACAGAACAGAUAACAUCUCCCACUGUCUGACGUUCCUAGAAUCGCGUGGUGUGGACUUGGCUGGGAUUGAUGCUGAUGAUUUGGCUGAUGGGAACUUAAAAUCGGCAUUGCUGUUGGUUGGAAAUAUACGAAGCCAUUUAGAUCAACGAAAAAGUGAGAGUCAGUCCACUGUGCGAGAUGUACCAUAUCACUCCCCAACAGACACACCAGGGGUAGACAUGCCUGGCACUGUCACAAAACACCCAGGGGCUCACAAUAACGCCACAACAGUGCGGAGGACAUUCAUAACCUCGGCUGAGGAUCUGUUACCUGGCUCUCUGUCUGGUAACCAUGAACGCCAGGGUAUGCACGAAACCAUUAUUUCGAUGACGGAACUAGGAUCCAAUGGUGUGUCACAACAUGGUGUGGAUGGCCGGCAGGACCAUAGUCCCAAUGUACGACGGUCCCGACCCCUCAGUGCAGGAGCCAGACCCCCUGGGACACCUACACCUAAACCUAUCACCCAACCCGUACCAGGGACAGUUUCCAAUGCAUGGACCACAGAAAGUCAAAAGUCAAAGGGUGUUGACCAGUCAUCACUAUCUGUGGAAGACAGGUUAAAGUCACUGAUAGGCUCACCAUCAUCCAACUCCACACGAGAUCUCCACCAUACAGCCCCAUCUUUCCCACGUCUGCAUCGUCGAGUGGCCCCCAUCUCUACCCACUGCGCAUCCAAGUCAUUUGAUGAUGGAGAGCUGCUCCUGCCCCCACCCCCUCAGCCCAAGAGUAAGAUGGGUGUGACUGUACAGGGGGGCGGGGGUUACAACCGUUACCCCGGGGAAGGACACUACAACAACUCCUAUGUGCCUUCCCAACCAGAUGAGCGAUGGCAGGGCUCACGUUCGGAGGCUAUCCUUGACCGUCAUCAAACGGGGCAGGGCCAAGACCAGGGAGAGGGGGUCAGGUACUGGCCCCACCCAGGGGCUAACACUAACCCAGCCUUCUCUGACCUACCCAAUCCAACAGACAGACCUCCUGGACAGUCCACCAACAGAAAUCCUGCUGGAGGGUCUGAACUAAGGAAUGCCUGGAACAAAUUGUAUGGUCGUCCAGGGCGACCUGAGGUCCCAGGGAUGUCUCGAACGGUCAACAGUCCAGCCAAGAACCAGCAGUACCCACAUCUACAGCAAGUAAUAUUACCUGCAGCCCCUUCUCCACAUGUUUCUAGUGAUUUACCUGGACGGUACAGUGCACCUGCCAUCACAAGUUCAAGGACAAGUCCUAUGGGUCAGAGUUCAAGUACCCAAGGUCAAGGGUCAAAUUCUAGUCAUUCUGGAUUGGAAGUGGACACCGGUGUGUCAACAUUUCAAACUUUUGGAAAAUCUUCUGAUCAAAGUGAUAAUCAAACUUCCCCCUCCCAGAGUACUUCCCCAUCUGGACUAACAAUAGGACCAGCUUCAAAAUAUCCCGAUAAUGGUGGUAAUAAACCUAUUAUCAGACACAAACCAGGGGUUCCACCUAAACCAUUCAACCGUGAUGACCUCAGGGAUAGUAGCACCAAGUCACCUGCAAGUUUUAGUGCUGAUUACAGAGAGGAUAUUGUACCUGUGGGACUAAAAUCUAAGACCACUGGAAGAUCCAUCACACCGUUCACUAUGAACGAUCCAUUUGGGAAGGAUGGUAACUAUAAUCGGACGUUCACUAAUGGUGAAUUUACCACCAGUACUCUGGGCAGUGAGGGCACACCAGAUAUCCAAGCCAGUAUAUUUGACUAUGUGACCCCUAGUGAGGCGUCCUCCAGGUCUGUAACCCCUCCCCUCCCUCCCUUGUCUAACUCAGAGUCAGAGUCAGAACUCUCCAGUCCAAAUAUCACCCCACGGCCACCACGCUCUGCUAGUGCAGACAUAUUCUCAACACAGAAGACUCCUGAUCUUCUCAGUAACACACGGCCAAACAACGACCCCAGGUCACGAAGGGGACCAGCUUCACACUUCAACUACCGCCCAGAUAAAAAACAUUCCCGUGGGCAACGGUUUGGAAAACCUCCCACCGGGCGAGUUCUUAUCAAUGGUCGCAUGGAGGGUGGUUUAACAAAUGACUUGCGGGAAUCUGCUGGUGAUGAGAGUGACCUGCCCUUUGAUAUAGAGGACACCAUUUUAACGGUGGAAUCUCACGAUACGGAGCUAGCAAGGCCCCGUGAUCAUCCCCAUCACACAGGAGAUAUGGACAAUAUGAAAAACAAAAUGGACGAUUUGGAGGGCAUGUACCAGGAUAUUAUGAAAGUGUUGGGUGUUGAUCGAGAGACUGUUACCACGGUGAUGAACCGUGCACCACGACGACGGUGGAGUAUUGGCAGCUCAGAUACCAGCUCUUUACGAAGACCAGUGAAAAAAGGUCGAGGUUCAAGUACAACAACAAACAUGGGAGGACAUCAUCGUCAUCAUCACUAUAGUCAUAGGGACAUCAAAGCAAUAAACAGGAGAUUCCAGCGACUUGAGUCACAUGUGGUGACACUUGCCCGAAGUGUUGCCCACCUUUCGUCAGAACUACGUUCUCACAGUGCCAUGUCACAUGAGCUUGAGGCACUACGCAAGGAGAUACGCGAGGUCAAGGAAAUCAGGCAAACGGCAGCACAACGAACACCAAUGUUACAUGAACUCAACGACCUGGACAGGUUCCGGGGAUGGGUGCCAUCACUAACCAACCCCAAACGGGUCAACAAACUGACAAAGUUUUUCGGCCAGGAACCACCCCUUCUUCAGCUGUUCCUCAAGAAACUAGGCUAUGAGAAAUACUCUGGGAACUUUGAGAACGAGCACAUUGGGAUGAUUGAGCUGCCCUACAUGACUGAAGAUCGUCUUGAACGGAUCGGUGUACCUAUGGGGCCACGCCUUCGCAUCCUACAGGAGGCUCAGAUGUGUUUCAGGCAGGAAAACUUCAACAUCUACAUCGUAUGACACUAGCUGCCAGUGUAAUUCCCCCUUACUGGAGUGUGGGAUGAAAUAUCCCCAAAAUCUACGCUGGUCUUCCACAGACUGAUCCGUUUAGUCUCCAAAUCCCAAGGUGAUGACCAGUAAAAACGAUUGUCUGCCAACCGGUACUCUUUCAGCAGUACGCUAUAAGGAGUGGUAGCUGCAUCAGGUAUGUGGGGCAGACAGUGAACAAGUUAUGAUAACAUCCAGUGCUACAGUAUGAUCUACACUGUGUAGUCGGAUUCCUUGACGAAAAUUACUGACCAGAUGUGCUCAGGUUACUGAAAUGGUGUUCAGACCUUUGGUACUGUGUUUAGGUGGAACUUUGGAACUGUGUUCAGACCAAACAUUUUUGUUCUUGGACAUAACCAGAUUUUGAAACAUAUUUAUAUCGACUCUUCAGUCAUAUUUAUAUCGACUCUUCAGUCAUAUUUAUAACGUAUUGCAUAAACAGUUUCUGAGAAUGCCAGAGGAAAGCUAUUAUUCCAGAGUGUACAACUGCCACGGUCAUUUCCUAAGUACUGUCCAGAUAGACGGUAGCUAUAACGGCUAUCAUAAGUGUCAUUUCCUAAGUACUGUCCAGCUAUAUAUCUAAUGCUCAUGCCAUAUUAUGAUGCCGUCCACAUACAAGUGCUUCAUUAUAUUCCUCAUCCAUCCACAACAUUUACAAUGGCAGCAAGCUAUAUAGCACUUUGGUUCUCUACACUUCUACCCAGUCUUUAAUGUUACCAAGCUAUAUAGCACUUCGGUUCUAACCUCUACACUUCUACCCAGUUUUAAUGUUAACAAGUAGUCCUCUGUUAGAUAUAUCACUGUUAAAAAACGAUGCUAAAUUUUGGAGACAAGAUCCAAUAGACAUACAGGCUGACUAGACUGUCACUGCGAAUGAAUAACAUCCCAACUGCGUGUCUCCACAUUGUUAUAUGCUCAAGCAUGUUAACAAUAUGCUUUGUUCCAAUUCUUUAUAAACAGCCAAUUGAGAAAUCCAUUUACACUAUGCUGAUAUGUUUAUAAAAUGAUGCACUACUGCUCCGUCCCCAAGUCAAAACCUGGUGCACAUUCUGGAGUACUUUUCCAAACAAGCACAAAGAAAUGUUUUUGCAAAAUGUCCCAGCAGAGUUUGAAUCCUUAAACUCAACUUUGUGUGGUAAAUAAUCCAUUUACCGAAAAGUGAACCAUACGAGAUAUCUCCAUGUUUUAUUGUCUUUACUGUUUAUAUUUUUACUUUCAUGUUUUGUAUAAUUUAUUUAACAGUUUACCUAUUGUUCAUAGGUAUUAUUAUAUACACAGAACUAACCAAUUUUAUACACAUUAUGAUCAAAUAUUGUGCCUUUCCCAUUAAAGUAUUUUUAAAGAAGAGA